AGCAGCUUCUUCCCAAGGUGCAGGAGAAGCCCCCAGUCCAGCUGCAGCAGGGGCUCCGCUCCAGACCAACAUGACCAGCAAUCGUAGGCUGCAGCAGACACAGGCUCAAGUGAAUGAGGUGGUGGAUAUAAUGCGAGUCAAUGUGGACAAAGUACUAGAAAGAGACCAGAAGCUUUCGGAGUUGGAUAACCGGGCAGAUGCUUUGCAAGCUGGUGCCUCCCAGUUUGAAACUAGCGCAGCUAAACUGAAGAGGAAAAACUGGUGGAAAAACUGCAAGAUGAUGAUCAUCCUGGGUAUCGUAUGUGCAAUCAUUCUCAUCAUAAUUAUAAUCUAUUUCUGCAGCUGAACCACUCGUGGCAAAUGGCUUGGUAUGGCUUGUUUCCUGAUAAUCUCGCAAAUGAAGCCUGCUUUUUAAUUCCUUGUGUCUUGGGGCUCUUAGCCUGCAACAGUAUGUAAGAAUUCAGUGAUUCAGUGUAGUCUGAUUUUGUUUCCCUUUUGGUAUUAUGUCACACACACACACACACACACACACACACACACACACAUAGUGUGCCAGCAAAUACUGCCAACCAAUGCCACUUAUUGAUCUCACACUGUGUCUUCACAUGUGCCCAUGCUGACCUUCAGAAACUAAUUUUUGGAAACCAUUUAAAUAUAUAUAUAUAUAUAUAUAUAUAUAUAUAUUUUACAUUGAGCAAGAACGGUUUUGGAGCUUGUAUGUAAAGGCACCUUCCAAAACAGGUAUGUGUGAUUAGAUAUUGGGGCCAUCAUUUUCAAAACAUGCCUAGGAGACCUCUGUCUCAAUGAGAUAUGAUGGUCGUGAAAGCUGAGCACCCACUACAGUAAAUAUGCUGAUGUCACAAGAGCUUCAGAUCCACUGGGCACUUUAUCAGCAAGUGUAAUUUUACUAUCAAAAGGAGGUCUCAAUCCCAAUAAGACUUAGGCUCAAAAAGUGAUGAGAGUUUCUAAAUUAUUUAUAUAGAAACACAAAGAUGGCUUGCUUAAGCCAUGUAGCCUAAACUUGGAGCAUCCAGCUUAGAACUCUUUACUGGUAGGGUUCACAUGGUGAAAUGGGAAGAACAAAUGCUUGAUAAUCCUUCCUUUCCAAGGUGAGGGGCAGUGACCUAGUGAAGCCCAGCAGGACAGCUUACUCUAUGGUCUUAACCCCUUCAUGUAUUAAUUAGACUCAAGCACGUUACUUAUAUGAGGCUGGAUAUCCCACACCACCAACAAAGGAGAGAGUCCACCAGAAGACAUUUCAAUGAGGACACCCU